UGGGCUUUAUUUUUUAUUUUAUUUUUUGUCUUUUUAUAUUCGUGGUCAUUGCGUCGUGCGCAUGUCUUACUGUCCGACGUAGUUCAGGGUUCUCCUUCCACUGUAAAGAGGUCCGAUUUGUCUACGAGGUAAUUGCCUUUCUGUGAUUUCAAUGUCUGGACAUUGUGGUUUGCUGAGCUUAUCUCCAUAUCUGCUUCCAAGGUCUAUGAGUACACCAUUGGACAUACCAAAACCAACAACGACUUCAUACUCGCCGCCACCACCUGCUGCAACAAGGUUUGUGCUAUUGUACUUCUCGAACAUAUAGCCUGUAUAUGAGCUGUCUGCAUCGUAUAGUGCGAGCUUCUCAGCUGGCAACUGAUCGAGCAUGUUUGGAAUAGAACCACCGGUAGAAUACCAACUACAGAAAGAACUACUGAUAAAUCUCUGCACAGCCUCAUUUGCUAGUGUGUCUCUCCAGUUGUUGCCUUCAUAUUCAUUUGUGAAACCGUUCUUAGAUGAAGUGCUGCCUGAAAUGUUGUACAAUGGUUGAAUAGGUACUUGUGACUCGUCAUCCAUUCCCAAUUGUUUGGAAGGAACAAGUGAGAAAGUUGACUGGCCUUCUUCAGGUCUGCGAAGUGCCUGUGUUGUAACAUUAUCUGGAAGUGCUUCAAGAGCCUUGAUUGUGAUGUAUUGCAGCGGUGCCCAAGCAUUCAAGUCCCAUUGUAAGCCACUAUCAAUGAUAGUUGUUGGCAAUGAUCCAUUAAAUCUAUCCAAUGUAUAUCUCAAGCCAGCAAAGGCAGACUGAGCAGUAUCUACGCUGCUUGAGACGCUGUCUGGAAUGAUACCCGCCCAAUAUGGGAAAUAACUAGCUAAUGACCAAGUGGAAGAGUAAUCGCUUGCAGUUGUGUUGAAAUCUUUGAAGAUUAAAGACUCUUGAUCGUUGUCCCAGUUAAGAUCCAAAAUGGCCUCCUUUAUUUCCUCCGCGCGUUUGUUGUGUGCGUCUAUUUGUUCUUGAUUGCUAUCCGAUGAUAUAGCAUAUAAAGAAGCUGCUGCUGUGUGGACUUUGUAAAGAAUGGAGUUGAGAUCGACAGGAACAAGUUGACGAAUGUUAAGUUGUCUGAGGACGGGAUUUUGGUCAUCUAGACCUUGACUAGCACGAGGUGAUUUCGACCACCGACUGGAGAAAUCCCAACCUGAUUCAGCAGCAGAUGAGAGCUCAGCGUAGAGUUCUUGUUUCUCUUCUUCCGUAUAUUCUACAUCUUUAUUAGUAACCUCGAAAUCAGCCAAGUAGCUCUCAGGUCUUGGCGCAGUAUUUGCUACAUUAUAUUUUGCAACAUUGUGAGAUUUACCAGUCCAUGGAGACUUUACUUCCGUAGUGCGGUUGUUCUUCCACCAGACGAGUUCCUUCUCGAUAGCCGGCAAAGCGAUAUCCAGGAACCCGGUGUCAUUUGUCCAGUUCACGUAGUCUUCUACCAUGAGUGCAAAAAAUGGUGGUUGGGAUCUAUUCAGGUAGUAACUCCUAAAGCCAUUUGGUAUGAAGCCAUAUGUGUCGAUAGCGUGAAUGAAAUUAUUGAGUGUCUCGCGGACCUGUUCACUCAAACCUGAGUUAAGCAUACCGAGGAAGGUAAAGUAAGUAUCCCAGUAAUACAAUUCCCUGAAUCUACCACCUGGAACAACGAAUGUGUCUGGCAACUCCAACAAUGUGGUGUCGCAACUGUCGUUAUCGCACGUAGCUGUGGUGUUAACUUGGCGAAUAAGUUGGCUCCAAUAGCUAUGUAUAGUACCAACGAAUCCCUUCACGAGGUCAUCAUUAAUGUUAUUCAAAAAUUCAGGGUUCGUAUCGAAAUUUUGCAACAGAACUUCCACCAAUUCACUACCUUCUGGACCGAAAUUUUCUUGUACAAAUUGUUCUAUUUGACCUACUGUGGCGUUCUCUUGAUCGCCGUCAUUAACUUUACUCCAAGCGUCUAAGACUUGAGCUUGCGAAAAUUUUGUAGGUUUAUCUAUAAAUGUUUUGCCAUCUUCGUACAGCUCUGCAAGUGCAACAGAUUGCAAAAGAUCACCGGAGCAGUAGAUAGGGCUGCUGCACCAUGGCUGAGGGUAUACCUCCUCAUCGUCGCCCGGAAUGUUGGUGUCCGUGGGGAGAGCGGGUGAAGGUGAAGCUGUAGACAAUGGAAUAUGUGAUACAGUUGCAGUAGCGCUUUGGCUGUUUGAUUGUUGGGCAUUUAAUACACCCGACAAAGCUAGGAGUGCUACUGAUAGUUUUCUCACCAUUGUUCGUAUAAUAGAUGGAGAGAAUAAAGGAUCGCGUGUGAUCAAAGCUAAUAGUUUAAUUUGUUCCUCUUCUGACAUCACAGAUCUUGAUUAGAGUUGUCUAAGCAUCACGUGGUGUCGCAAAAAGCAUGACCGAUGGAAGGGUCUGAAGUCUGAAUAAGGGAAUGUGAAAAUAUUUCUACAGAACUAUUAUUGUAUAUAGUUGCAUAUAAAACACAUGAUGAUGGCUGCUAACUAGAUAGAAAGAAAUCAGAGACGCGAAAUAAGGAAGAGGUAAUAACUGAUAACUAGAAUUUAUAGUAUAUAUUUGAAUAUUUACCCUUCCUUGAACCCAGUCUACCAUCUACAUCAUAUGGCUGACGAGAUAGUAUUCAAGAAGAGAUCUGGGAGGGGAUCAACCCGUCAGAAGGAAAAAUCUCCAGUGAGAUCUACAAAUGACGAAGAGAGUAUCACGCCCACACUGUCCUAUAAAGAGAAGCAGAAAGCUAAAAAGCAGCCACGCCGUUCAAAUCUCUCAUUUGGGACUACAGAGGAGACAGAUAGUACAUUCAAACCAAAGAAGAGUUUAUUAUCACAGUCUAUAUCUAAUAGACAAACAUCUGAAACGCCAACCUCGAAUUACUCACAAAAUGUGAUAGAAGAAUUGAAAGCUAAUACUCCAACAAAAGGCGAUAUAGAAAUUAGCAUUACAGAUGAUAUAGAUACUGAGGAUGGUUAUAGUGACAUUGCGAAACGGAUAUAUGGCGAUAAGGCAAUCAACGACCUCAAAGAGAGCCAAAUUCCAAGUGAUGCAGCCAUCACGGCAGCUAAGAAAAAGAGGCAGGCUGGUACUUACUCAAAUGAGAGUGAUUAUAUUAGUCUGAGUGGUGGUCCUAGUAGCAGUCAAGCGCUCACAUUGACUGGUGACACUGGCGGUGGUAUUGAAAGCAGAUUGCAGCAUGAGGAUGAUGUGUUUGAUGACGAUACUAUGGGAGCCUACACGGGGGCUGAUGAAAGCAUACAUCUUACAAACCAAGGUGAAAAAGACGCCCUUCGUCGACAAAGGAGGGAACGUGGCGAAAUGGUCGAUGAAGUAAUGGAUGAAGCAUCAGAUGAAGAACAACAGGCAUGGGAGAAAGCUCAAGCCAAGCGAGCGAUGGCUGGUGCACACGAAGAGCCAGCAAAUGGUAAUGUCUAUAUUCCAGCACCAAUACCCGAAAUAACACCACUUCCGACACUCAAUGGAGCAAUGAAGCGACUCAAAAAUCUCAGAAUAGAAGGGGAGAAGACACACGGCGAGAAGCAAAAGUUAUCCGAGUUAUCUCAGAAGGAACUCCAAGAAUUAUCACAAUCUGAAAACGAAAUAAGACAACAAGUCGAGGAAGUGGAAAAUCGUCGAUCAUUCUUUGACGAUUUGAGGCAAUGGGCAGAUGAAAUUGCAAGCUUUUUAGACGAGAAGCAACCAAACCUUGCUAAAAUUGAGCAAAGACAUCAAGAUGUAAUGACAGAAAGAUUUAGGAUCCUGAACGAACGGAGAACGACUGGUAAUGUCGUUCUCAAUCUUGAACCUCAUGAGAUUGCAGAAUACAACACUGCCCGGCAAGGUCUUAAAGAUGAUGUAAAGGUGCUCUUCGAGGAUGUCAAAGCAUCUAGCUUCCUGAAUCCGUCAGAUAUACUCAUGGAAAAGUUUUCCGCAUGGCGGAAAGCCUUUGGUGAUGACUAUAUUCGCGCUUGGGCUCCAUUAGGUAUGGUUAGCGUAUGGGAGUUCUGGACGAGAGUGGAAGUAGCAGGUUGGGAUGCUCUCAGGGAUUCAAACAAAUCAAUCAUGAGUUUGAAAUCAUAUGACUUCUGCCAUAAUUACGCUUCUAUGAAUGAUACUGAAGAAGACAUGCAGACAGAAGACGAAGAAGCCAAAUUGAACAUGGAAAGAGAAUGUGUACCACACCUUCUCUCGACAAUAAUUAUACCCUACCUCAUUACACAUUUUGGAAAUGGUGGCUAUGAUCCAUACAAUGAGACAGAGACUAGGAAUGCGUUAGACUUGGUUGAGAUGGUUGAAGGUGGAUUACUUGGUAUGGAUGAUGAAAAAUUAGACAUGCUCGUAAUGUCAUUAGUACAAGUUCUUACUCAGGCAAUUAACAGCAUACCUGCAAAUGUCAGCGCCGAAUUGGCUAAAUGUUUGCUCAAAAAUAGUCUCAGUUGGAGAAGAAUUUCACCUACGGUCAAACAACAAACUGGAUAUGAGAGCGCUUUGCAACAAAUCAGAGAGUUGCUAAUGAGUCGCGGUGUAGAUGUUAACUAAUUUAAAAUGAAUGUUGCCACA